GCUUUCUCACGUGUUUAAACGUUGUCAUUCAUCCGAAUCAUUCAUGCACUGCAGCUCUCGACAUUACCUCAGUUGUCGUCUCCCUGGCGAACUGGAUGAAUACUGGAUGAUUACACCACUCAACACAUCAUUUGUUGCUUGAUCCGAGGUACUCAUAAUGAGAUGCUUUUUUUCCGCUGGUAAAUAUUACGCUCAUCAAGACAUGAUUGUUGUCUGGCACAGGAAGAGAUGAAGUGAUAUGCCUCGCCUAUAAAUGGAUUGGCAGGCCGACCUCGAUCUCCCUGUUCGUCUUCAACAGCUUUGAUGGAAAUUGCCGCCCUCAUAUUCAAUGCCUCUGACCGUUGAAGACCGCACAGAUAUAUCAUAAUCCAUUCCUCUUUUUUGCUCACGUUCCACAAGUUGGAAUGGUUGAUGCUCCUUUCCAUGCGAUAUCUACUCUUGCGCUGGCUUCCUUUUCCUUAGCCCUUCAGAUCCAAGUCGUGGACGAAAACCAUAUAUUACAGGGACAGAAUACCACAGUGUUCCUCAUACACACAGAGGGAGAUCCUACCGAUGUAUUCCUCAAGAAGCAUCGACUUGCCAACAAUAGCAACAAAUCCAACGACGUGGUCAAAGUGACCAACUUCACUUCCAACACAACAGUUAAUGUUAAUUUUAAUCACAGCAACCAGUAUGAGAUUUAUGCUUAUGGGAAUGGGACAAUAGACCCGUCUGGGAAAAAUGCAAUAGCGACAAGUGACGUGUUCGAAGUACAUAACCCUGACCAAGGCGCAUCGUCGCAUCAUUCACACCAUGGCUCUGAUAAAGGGCUAAUAGUCGGCGCAGUAUUAGGCUCUACGGCGCUUAUUAUCAUCAUUCUGCUUACCAUUUACCUGAUCUUCUUCCGCUCCCGUCGUCGUCAACGCUUCCAGGAUCGACUAGUGCGCCAUUCCGACACUCCAGCGAGCUCUUUCGUACAAUAUCUCUACGCAAAGUAUCCUCCAGGUCGAAAAUCAGGCAGCGCAAGUUAUAGAGACAGUCCUCCGCCUGUAUACGCCCGUUCAUCUCCAACAUCAGCUCGUAUAUCGUUAGCGCGUAGCAUGACGACGAAUUCCAUCCCUUUCUUCUUCGACGACUUUACAGCACAAACUUCUCACUGACCGGCAGAUGGAAAUACAAGAUCGUCUGCAUGGUUUGCAGGAGAAACUGUUGAAAUUAGAGGGAGCAAGUCGGGUGAUUCAGGGUGACAUCGAGGCGGCCGAGAAUGAAGCAGA